CUGGGUGGGAGGCUGUGAGGGAGAAAGGCUGCGAGGGCGGGAGCCGAGCGUGUGAGUGCGCGUGUGGAGAAAGUGCCCCGGGGGCUGUGUCGGGGAGGACGGCAGUUGUCCUGGGGCUCGGUGAACCGGGCUAUUGGCCGGGCGGCCUGGCCCUGGCUGCCUGCGCGCGGCCGAGCUGGCGGCAGAGAUGCCGGGUCGCUGUGUGGGGCCCAGCAGGUCCGGGCGGGCGGCUCGGCGGCCGUGGGGGAAGAGAAGGGUUGCAGGGACGUCUCGAGGAUGUGGAGCCCGGCGCCAGGCGAGGUCCUCGGUGGGCGAGACGCGCUGUGUGGGUGCAGAGAGGUUGCAGGACCGUCGGCGGCCUAGGGGAAGGAGACGAGCUGUGCAGACAGCCGGCCCCGCGCGCGCGGACGAGGCUGCGGGGACGCCUGGGGUCGUGGGCUCGAGCGAGGCUGCAAGCGACCCAGGGGCUGUGUGGGUGAACGGAGCUGUGAGGCAGCCCGAGGUGGUGGGGCCGGCUGGGUCCGUGUGGGUGACCAGGUCUGGGGAGGACGAGUCGGACGACAGAAGUCCCCGGGUGUGCGAGAGGAAAGGUCGUCCGGGCUCGGUGAGGCACGAGAGCAUCCUGGAGCUGUGGCUGAAGGUGCAGGCCAUGAGGGCAGCUUCAGGAUGCGGGCAAGGAAGCCGGGUGGAGCUGCAUCCCAUGCCUGCAGGAGAGGGGCCGGUGGAGAGGGGUGUCCCUGGCCGGUCGUCCUGGGUGGAGACGAGCCGCUGCGGGCUCACGGGGCCCUGGGUGAAAGGCCAGGCCAGGGCCUUCCCGCGGGCCGCCGUGCCGUCCACGGCUGGCCGGUUAGGAGCAGGUGGCCAGAGAGCCUCCUGCGUCUGUGGGCAGGGCCAAGCCGGGACAGUGCCUCCUUUGUGGGUGCUGCUGGGGCUACAGAGACGCGUUCUGGGGUUGCCCCACACCUGUUGGAGAGGGGACAAGCUGCGGGCGUGCCUAAGGCUGGGGGUGGCCCAGGCCCCUGGGGAAAAGGGCAGCCCGAGGGAGUGCCUGAGGCUGCGGUGUGGGAGAGAGGCUGUGGGGGGACUCCGGGUCUGUGGGGGAGGGGGCCGCUAGGGCAGGUUCCUGGGGCCCUGGCCCAAGAGGCCACCUGUGGGGAUACUCCAGGUUUGUGGGGAAGGGGACAGGCCAUGGGGGUGCCUGAUACCGUGGGGGUCCCCAGAGUUGGGGAAGAGGAAGCAGCC